AUGGUGAAAGCCUUCCUUGACGCAGACAACAGUGCAGUUGACGCCACCGAUGAGAACGGAUACACAGCCCUAUACUUUGCUGCAUCUGUUGACGGGCCUGUCCAAGACAACGGUGAUGAUGCUGUCCGUGUACUGCUGGAAGCCGGAGCUGAUGUCAACGCGAAGACCACCGGCGGUUGCUUCACGCUCUCCAUCUUGCCGUAG